CUUUGAAUCAACCUAUUUUUUUGCAGAAUGCUCGGGUGAGACCGUCAGUCUCCUCACUCUCUUCUUUUGCGACUUGCUCCGGCGAGACCGUCUGUCUCAUUUUAUCCAUGGCUUCCCCAAACAGCAUGGAUGUUGAUAUCGUCGAGCAGGCCCUUCAGGCCCAGCAAGACAACGCGGCCGCCACCGCCGCCCACACCGCCGACACGGAGAUGGAAGAUGCCGGCUUAACGACAGGGUUUGGUCGUCGCCGUGCUCCCCGGGAGACUCAGCUGCCAAAGGUGUUCAAGAAAUGCCCGCAAAAUCUCUCUGCCGACGAAAAAGCCAUGAUUCUUUCGAAGGACAAGGAUCUUUAUCCAGAUCAUUGGCCUCUGGGCGACUCCGGCUACAGCAUAGAAGUUGCUGACUUGUUCGUUCUUCGUGGAGGAGCUGAUGGUCCCCCGAAAGACAUGGUCCCAGGUGGGUGGCGCACCGACAAGGAAUACGCGACAAUCAUUCGCGUUGAAUCCGGCGAAGAGGGAAAGUUGGUCCACUCAUGGAUGGGGUUCCACAUGGAUAUGACCGCCGAUCAGGUUAGGGCUCGUGUACAGGGAGUAGAACUCGAAGUCGAAUCACCCCCCGAGGAUGAGGUUAUCACAGUCCAAUACCACCUCGAGACACAGAUUCCCAACUUGCAGUUCUCCAUGUUCGACAAGAAAUCCGGCCGCAAAAUUUCAUGCAGGGUAUAUGGCCAGCACUUGGCAUGGAAAGAUGAGGGUGAGUUGUCACCAGCUCUCCUCGACGCCGAAGACAUGACGCGGCACAUCAAGGAGCACGGCGACAGCGCAUACACCGCCAAACUCGCCGAAUUCAACCUCAUCGAGGACGCCAAGCACGGUCUUCUCCGUCUCACUGUCGAACUCGCACAGGAAAACUCCGAGGUUUUCGGCGAGAACGUGUUCCUCUGGGAAGGCUGCACUGACGAGCACGUGGAGGAACUUGCGCGAGCGGAUGCUACAACUGACCCUGUGGCUUCGUUCUACCAGUCCAUGAAGUAUGCCCGCAAACUUCAGGCGUACAUGGCCGUUCCAAAGUCACAAUUCGCCAAGUGGAUGCAGGCCGGCUAUUACAUACAACGCUUGAUCACCAUCACCACGUAUAAGGGCAGCUUUUAG